AUGUCUGCUCUUGACUCGUCCGCUCUUGCCUCUGCCGCCGAGGUCGUGCCUCCGUGCGUUAGCCGCUCGCUGUGGUCCUCUGGGCGGGAUGGCGUGCGCCGCUGGCGCCAAAAGGUCAUCUUCAACCGCUUCGCUCCAUCAAUGGACCGCGUCCACAAUGACGCCGAGUUUACGCUGCGCAAGAAGCGCUUUGACGAACACCUCAGCCACAUGCGCACGCUCGAGGCACAGUUCUCCACGCUUGUCAACAAGACCAUGGAGUUUGGCGACGCGCUGGCGUCGAUUGGCAAGGACGACGCAGCGAUCAAACAGGACGGCGACCGCAGCACAAACCAGCGUCUCGAGGCUGUGCAGAGCGCAACGAUUGCAUUUCGCACGGCCAUGGAAGGGUCGGCGGUCCUGCACCUCCAAGAGAAGGUCGCCGCAAUGACCUCCACCUUUAAGGAGCCUCUGCACCACCGUGCUCAGCUUGAGCUCGACUUUCACCGUGCGUCUCGCCGCUACGCCAACGCCAAGCAACGCAACAAGCUCCUCGAGGUGACGCUCGCCAAGCAAGAGCUCGAGGCGGCCUACCGAGCUCUCACGGUCGUCACGGAGACUCUCGUUGUGCAGUUCCGAAACCUCGAAGAGAACCGAGUGCAGUCCACAUCCGAGGAGCUGGCAGAGGUGCAGCAUCGGUUGGGCGACUUGUUUGCGGAUAUGAGUGCGCUAACGACGCACGAGAAGCAGCCCGACGCGACCCACUACCUCUUGUAA